AUGAACCGCUCCCAGGCCUACAAGACAAGACCACCAACACGGAGAGAUCCCAGAAAGCGACAGGGUUUGGUCAGAACCGUUUCAAGUCUCUUCAAGGGCAAGGCAUUAGGCAGUGAAGGACAUUCUUACAACUCCUCGACUCCACCAAGGAAAGAGCACAAAGCUUCACUUUUAGGAAUCAAGAAAAGAGCGAUCUUCAAGCGGAAUACAGAGCGACCAUGUGCGCAAUGCGCGAAUGCCAAAUCGCCCAGUUUCCCGGUACCGAAUGCGAAUCUGAUCGAUGAUCCUCCUCUUCCUUACUCUCUUCUUGGGCUCCCACGGCGCGAGGAAGGCACAUAUACGAGCGGUGCAAAUGGAACCCCUUCGUCAUCUGUUGUGACGGAAUUGGACGUCUGCUCUAGACCGCCAUCGCCAAGGCCGCCAUUGUCGUCAAUGGAUGAGUCCGACGCUCAAGAGAUAGCAAAUCGCAUAUGCAGAACUCUGAGUGAGUCGAGUGCCUUCCAAGACGAGAGUAGUAGUGUGAGAGCGGCAAGUGCCACAGCAACGGGAGGCUUUCACAGCUACACGCCCACGAGAUCUCGCAGCUAUACUGUGGCCUCAAGCAAUGGCGAGGACAUGCUCGUGUCUCAAAAUCCAGCAGUCUUGCGUGAGCCCGAUUCGAUGUCCAACUCCGUAUCUGAAAGCAACCCUUCCAGCCUCGCCUUAAUUCGAUCCCUAUACCAACAAAAUGCACAGGAACUGGAGCACGCCAGGCUGUCACAGCAUUCAACAAUUAAGAGCGAUCACGUAUAUGCAUUUCAGCUCCAAGAAGAGCUAUAUCAAGCGCAAGAACAAGAAAAAGGACAAGAACAAGAACAAGGAGGAAGAAGCGACCGGAAAUCGGAGCAAGACCGUGGUACCCCUUGUCCAGAUUGCCAUACAAACGUGUUCUUGUCGACAAUAGAAGAGGACCUUCGAGAACAGAAACCAGAUUCCUUGCACAACUGGUAUCCGCACUGCAUGGAGACAAACAGUGAGGAGAAGGGACAUGAAUUCCUCGGGUGGCAUCACGGUGGUGGAUUGUCAACCCUGGUGGAGGAUCACCGAGAAGCAGAAGAUCAGUUCUCCCACUCGUGUAUGCACACCUUCACACCCACUAUUAACUCCGCCGCGUUCACUUUCGACAACCUCAUCACUCCAAUCACGCUGCCAAACAUUCACGAAGGGCUCAUCAUGGACCCAACCGGAGUUUCAUCUUCAAGCUUCAGGUAUCGUCACCCCCAAGCCAGCCCUAUACAUUACGCUCGCUUCCCUCCUCCCCCUCCUGCUGUCGUUAUGGAGCCUGUCCGGCCUACUAUCUAUACCAAUGGAGGUAUCAAUGUCCCUGCCUCGGUCAUCAACCCGCAGUUGGUGUCAGCUCUUCCAGAACUCUUUGUGGAUACUAUCAUACCCGACGAUGUUUAUAUCUCCAGUUAUGCGUAUAACCGGGAUUGCGAAGAAAGACAACAAGGAGAAUUUAGAGUUCAAACCACAGCGGAAUCAAUGGCAGAACCAACGGAAACACCGAAGGACGAAACAACAGCAGAGCCCAUAAUAGUGUCCACCAGAGAGCAUACCGGAGAACCUAUCAAGGUAUCUACAAGAGAAGUCUCGAGAGUAUCCACGAAAGACACCACGAGCCCAGCAAAAUGCGCGAGCCCACCACCGAAACCUACUAACACCGACCCUUUUGGAUGGCAGUCGAGGAACAAAGCAAAACUCAUCGGCGUCACCAUUUGCCUCUUGAUCUUAAUAUACCUGGGUUUCUACCUGUCUCUACAUGCCCGCAUCCGCUACAAGCACGGUGGCUGGCCAGCUGUCCGAGAUAACCCCUUCGAAUACCCCGAUGGCGGUAUGACCAUGGAAGAGAGUGAAUCCAGGGAGGGUGUUCUCAUUGCCAUUUUUGUUGGCGGUGUUGUCGGGCUCAUUUUUCUGGGUUACGGCGUGGUUUGGGCUUGGAGAAGGUACGAUAUCGGGAAUAACGUCAAAAAUGUAGGAUCCCCAACCUCCUCCGCUGCAGUGGGCAUCGCUCACUAA